AUGCCUCUCAACAGGCCCUCUGCUACGCCGGCCAGCCCAGUAUCAACCUCUACUCAGCUCCCAGAAACACUGCAUAACCAGCAGUAUCAACCUGUACUCAGCUCCCAGAAACACUGCAUAACCAGCAGUAUCAACCUGUACUUCAGCUCCCAGAAACACUACAUAACCAGCAGUAUCAACCUGUACUUCAGCUCCCAGAAACACUACAUAACCAGCAUAUCAACCUCUACUCAGCUCCCAGAAACACUGCAUAACCAGCAGUAUCAACCUGUACUCAGCUCCCAGAAACACUGCAUAACCAGCAGUAUCAACCUGUACUUCAGCUCCCAGAAACACUACAUAACCAGCAGUAUCAACCUGUACUUCAGCUCCCAGAAACACUGCAUAACCAGCAGUAUCAACCUGUACUUCAACUCCCAGAAACACUGCAUAACCAGCAGUAUCAACCUGUACUUCAGCUCCCAGAAACACUGCAUAACCAGCAGUAUCAACCUGUACUUCAGCUCCCAGAAACACUACAUAACCAGCAGUAUCAACCUGUACUUCAGCUCCCAGAAACACUACAUAACCAGCAGUAUCAACCUGUACUUCAGCUCCCAGAAACACUACAUAACCAGCAGUAUCAACCUGUACUUCAGCUCCCAGAAACACUACAUAACCAGCAGUAUCAACCUCUACUCCAGUUCCCACUCUCAGUCUCCAACUGUGCUGUGUGUGCUGUGGGUUCUGUCCGGCCUGGCGCUCCAGACCAGCAGUUGCCCCCCCCCCUGCCUCUGCAGCGCCGGCCUGGUGGACUGCAGCGCCCGCGGCCUCUCCUCCAUCCCCCCCCACCGCAGCCUCCCCCCGGGCACUCGCAUCCUCCUGCUGCCCAACAACCGCCUCUCCUCCCUGACCGCCGGCGCCCUCGCCAACCUCACCUCCCUGGAGAGCGUGGACCUCUCCAACAACUACCUGGACAACCUGCCCCCCGCCCUGUUUAAGGACCUGGGCAACCUCACCCAGCUGUCCCUCCACAACAACUCGCUCACUACCCUGGAGAGGGAGCUGUUCCUGGGGCUGGGCGCGCUCCAGCGCCUGGACCUGUCCCUCAACGGGUUGUCGACCGUACCCCUGGGGCUCUUGGAUGAGCUCCAGAUGCUGCGCUGGCUGUCGCUGGCCGGGAACAGGCUCCAUGGCCUGGAGAGGGCUGCCUUCGAGCCCCUGGCCAACCUCCAGCACCUGGAACUGGGGGGAAACCCCUGGGAGUGUGACUGCAACCUCAGGGAGUUCAAACACUGGAUGGAGUGGCUGGUGUAUAGAGGAGGGAAAGUGGAUGCGUUGGAGUGCACCCUCCCCAAGGACCUGCGGGGGCGGGACAUCCGAGGGGUUCCCGUGGAGAUGUUCAACUACUGCCUCCAGUUGGAGGACGAAAACGAAGGGGGCGAGGCCAAAAGAGGAGGCGGGGCGUCGCCGCCCUGUAGCCGCGCCCUCCCCCCCGCCGGCCCCGCCUCCCCCACCGCGGAGCCCGUCGCCCCGGGCGACCCCGCGGCUUUACCGGACUGCGUGCGCCAGCGGUACAAGCCGGUGAGCGUGCGGCGGGCCAUCGGCACGGUGGUCAUAGCGGGCGUGGUGUGCGGCAUCGUCUGCAUCAUGAUGGUGGCGGCGGCGGCCUACGGGUGUAUCUACGCCUCGCUGAUGGCCAAGUACCAGCGAGAGCUGAAGAAGAGGCAGCCGCUCAUGGGAGACGGGGAGGGGGACGGAGACCCGGAGGAGAAACAGAUCUCCUCUGUGGCCUAGAGAGGUCAGGGGUCGUGGGGUAGAGGGGUUAGGGGUCGUGGGGUAGAGGGGUCAGGGGUUUUAGGGUUGAAAGGUCUGGUGGGAGAGAGAGGCGACUUCCCUGGUCUAUGAACAUUCCUCCUUCCUUCUUCCUCCUCCUCCCUAGGUUCUCUCCUGUGUGGAUUACUAACAAGGACUACACCUUCUCCUCUUUCGCCUCCUCCUCCUCACCUUUCUCCUCCUGGACUAACAGACCCCAGGACAGUAUGAACUUCUAUGGGAGAACCUGUGGAGUAUGACACUGGCCUCAAAUGCCUUCCUCUGCCCACCCAUGCCCAGCACCCCGAGUACCCUGAGGCCUCCAGGCCCUCUCACCCUGACCAAGCCCUCUGGCCCCUCUGCCCCCCUCCCCCAAGCCCCUACACCCAUACAGACCCAUAAAACCAUUCCUGGUAUGGACUACAAAUCAGGUCAGCAUGACAUUAAAAAGACUAUAAACUCCAGACUCCUGCACUUUACUUCCUGUUAGCCCAUCUGGCCCCUCCCACCCUCCUUGUCCAUCCUGCCUAUCCCCUAAGAUGGUCGCCCUACCCGGAAGGGAUUUUAAUAAACAAAGGGAUUCAAAGACGCUGCUAUUCUCCUCCUCCUUUCCUCCUCCCUCUAUCACUAUCUGGAAGAUUCCCUACUUACAGACUUGUUUCUCUCCUCUUCAUCCCUCCAGCCCUCUCUGUGUAGUUGCUAUGAAAAAACAGCUGGCCCUGCCCACUAUUGAAUCUUCUGGAAAACAACAGUAUAUUGUCCUCUGUAUCUCUACGAUAAGGAUGAUGAUAGUCAUCAUUUUAAUUAAUAUUAUUAAUGUCUGUACGGUGUGGUGUGAAUCAACUCUCCCAGUAUUCAUAUAUGUUAAUUUGUUCUCCAGAAUUAUAUUAAUAUUGUUUGUUUUGUUUUUGUUUGGGUAUUUAUGUAACUGUACGUUUGUUUGUUUUAGUAGCAGUGGAUAGAUACACUCAGACCACUGGUCUGCAGUUUAGUAAAUGUGGAUUAAAAAGUAGCAAGAUUAAUCCAUCUUUGUAGUUUUGUGUCACAGGAGGGAAUACUCUGAUAAAGUCUCUGUCAGGCUGAGAACCCAGAGAAUUA